CUCUUCCGAGUCCGCCUGUCUCCUCUCCUACAACACAAUGAGUGAAACAGUGUUUGUUUUGGAUAUGCUCAUGAAUUCGUCGUCGUCGUCUUCAUCGGACAAGCACGAACUAAUUCUUGCAGCAUUUGCGGAGUGCGAUGAGGAAGAGGAGGCAAAUGCUCGACGUCAUGGCGGUUCCACGCUGGGACAGCAGUAUUUGUAUCGCGGAAGAGAUGCUGGAUUUGUUCUACUGUGGGACGACUACUUCAAAGAAAAUCCCACCUUUCCCGAAAGUUAUUUUUGUCGAAGGUAUAGAAUGUCUCGUAAUUUAUUUAAUCGCAUAGCUGAAGCAGCACUUGAGCAUAAUAGUUAUUUUAAGCAAAAAAGAAAUUCUGCUGGAGCUCUUGGAUUGCAUCCUCUGCAAAAGAUGACAGCUGCAAUGCGACUGCUAACGUAUGGAUAUGCCGCCGAUGCCGCGGAUGAGUAUUGUCGGUCUGGAGAAUCUACUAAUCUAGCAUCUUGCAAAAAGUUUGUGAUAGCUAUUUGUGAAGUCUUUGGGGACCAGUAUCUGAGAUCUCCAAAUGGAGAAGAUACUGCUAGAUUACUUGACAUAGGGGAGCAAAGAGGUUUUCCUGGUAUGUUAGGGUGUAUAGAUUGCAUGCAUUGGACUUGGAAAAAUUGUCCUAAAAAAUGGCAUGGCAUGUUUAAAGGUCAUGUGAAUAAGCCCACAAUGAUUCUGGAGGCAGUUGCAUCGAAGGAUCUUUGGAUUUGGCAUGCAUUCUUUGGUUUACCAGGGUCUCUCAAUGACAUAAAUGUUCUUCAACGUUCACCUCUGUUUGCAAAGCUAUCCGAAGGUCAAGCUCCAGAAGUGAAUUAUACCAUCAAUGGUCAUCCGUACACAAUGGGGUAUUACCUUGCAGAUGGUAUAUACCCACCAUGGGCAACAUUUGUGAAGACCAUACCAUCUCCAGAAGGCAGAAAAAAGAAACAUUUCGCCAAAAGACAAGAGGGAGCCAGAAAGGAUGUGGAGAGAGCCUUUGGAGUUCUGCAAUCCCGCUUUGCUAUUGUUCGGGGACCUGCCAAAGGUUGGAAACGCAAAGAAAUUGGUGAUCUAAUGAAAGCUUGCAUCAUAAUGCACAAUAUGAUAGUUGACGACGAGCGAGACAGCGGUCCACGAGACUACAACUACGACUCUAUGGGAGUAAAGGUGGUCCCAUCUCGUUCUCAUGCGGAACAAUUGAGUGUGUUUAUUCAAAUGAAUCAACGGAUCACAAACAGAGCAUUUCACUCUCUGCUUCAAGAUGAUCUAGUUGAGCACAUCUGGCAGAAGUUUGGAGAUGAAUGAUUAUGUACGCAGUUGUAAUAAUGUAGUUGAAUCUUAUCAUGUACUAUUUCAGUUAUGGCAUAAUGCAAUGUUUCCAAUAUA